AACCUUUGGGUUCAAAAUGUACAGAGCGGAGUAAUCGUCUUCGCUUUGUCCAAAAAAAUGGCCGUAAAUACUGUGCAAACAAAAGACUCAUGACACGAGUUGAUGCCUUGUAGAUCAACUAAUAUAUCAAGUUGGGUAAAACGGCUUCAAAAUGACGGUUGGCGAAGUCGCAUCGUUGCUAGAGCUGUGUAUGGAUACGUCUCUAAUGUUUUUAGAGUCGAGCACCUUCAAAACCCAAAACCAUGUCUUCCUUCCUGAAGAUCUUUGCGAGGCUUUCAUAUCCAAGAGACUCAAGUCUGGAGACUGUAAUGAUAAUUUCCUGUCAUCGUUCUCGAAUCCGCAGACGAGCAGAAUUGUACGACUUAACUUAAAAGGGGCUUCGAUCACUGAUAAGGGCUUGGAGCAUAUAGCUUGUCAACCUAUACGAGAACUAAACAUAUCUUCAUGUACUAGAGUCACUCAAAAUGGUCUCAAGUAUUUACACCGAUGUAAAAAUACCUUAAUGUGUCUAAAUCUAGGACAGUGUGAUCGGAUCUGCGAGUUUACCGAUGUUGGAGAUUUCAACCAUUUGAAGUUUCUAGAUCUGAGAAAAACACAAAUUUCUCAGGAACAAUUUGAAUGCAUCUCACAAGGACUGAAUGACUUGCUGUUUUUAAAUCUUUCUGAGACUUCUAUACUGGAUCUCUCGCCUGUUGAAUACCUGAAGAAUCUUUCUUCUCUAGAUCUAUCAGAAUGCCGUGAUCUCACAAGUAUUGCUCCUUUAUCAUGCUUAAAAGGGACCCUGACAAGACUUGUCUUGUACAACUGUAUAGGCCUGAGAGAUUUCCAUGAACCGUUAAAAACAAUUGAACAACUUCAACUGCUACAACACCUUGACUUGUCCAAAGACAGGAAGGAAUAUGAUUUGGACAUGGAACCACCUUACAUCGAUGGGCCAAUGUUCCGAAUCUUAUCCAAAAUGCCUUACCUACUACAUCUAGAUAUCUCAGGUACAGCCAUCUUUGAACAAGAAGACUUGUCUUUCUUUCAACCUCCACAUAAAAGGUUACAGUUCCUGGGACUCUGUAUUACAGAUGUGUGUUACUAUCCCAAAAUACCUGCUGAUGUGGUAACUGGAGAAGCUGGUGAAACUCAAGUUAUAGCAUCAUUAAGGCACUAUGUCAACAGACCUCGAUAUCUCAUCAAUGCAAUGAGAGAACUGUUCAACUUAGUCCGCAGCAACUUGCAACAGAUGGAUUCUAGUACAAUAUGUGAUCUGGUUCUUAAUGCUAUGCGAUGUAAUAUGGCAGAUCACAAAAUCCAAAUCGCUGGAAGUGCUUCAUUGUAUCAUUUAUCAAGAGAUGAGGCAGAUAACAAUGGCCAGCCACAGGCACAUUCAAAAGGUGUAACAGAACAACAGAGAAGGAAUUCGCUUACAAGAGAGUAGCAAGAGUAUUACUUACUUCUGCUGUUAAACACAAAACUGACUUCAUACAAAGGAUAGCCAUUGGUUUGUGUAACCUUCUCGUCUGUCAGGUACAGGAUGAUCAAAAGGUUACAGUGGGGCGGGACCUCGGAGGAGUGAAGAUGGUUCUUCAAGUCAUAAGACAAAAGCUUGAAUCUGACAGACCAGAGCACGGUGGUGUUCUUGAAUGUUGUUGGAGCGCUUUGUGGAAUGUAACAGAUGAAACUCCAGACAACUGUUCUUUAUUUAUCGAGAAUGGUGGCAUGGAGCUAUUUAUGGAAUGUAAAGCGAAACUCGGACAACAGCGUGACUUAUUAAGAAACAUGCUUGGACUGAUGGGUAAUGUUUCCGAAGUAGACUUCCUAAGGCCUUACCUGAUGAAGUGUGCUGAGGUGUUCUAUGAUCUUCUUGAACCAACCAAUGAGCUUGAGGUCAGUUAUAAUGCCGCGGGUAUCCUGUGUCACAUGGCGUACGAUGGACCAGGGGUCUGGACGUGUGAAACAGUGUCUAGAGAUACGGCUCUUGAAAAACUUGUCAAUUGUAUUGGACAUUGGGAUAUAGGAGCAAGCCGACAGAUGAGCUACCGCUCUUUUGCGCCUAUCUUGCGCUUACUUCAAAAGUAUGACACACCAGCCAUCCAACACUGGGGGACCUGGGCUCUAGCUAAUCUAUGUAACGUUGACCCCGAGAAAUAUUGUGCCCUAGUCAUAUCAGAGAACGGAGUACAGUUACUGGAAACCUUGAUUCUUCAUCCCGAGGUUCCAAUGCGUGUAAAAGAAUAUUCACAAAUCGUCCUCAAGAAAUGCCAGCCGUUCAUUGACAACAGCUCCCWGACAGGCCCCUUUACAGCAUCAGAGUUCAAGUAACAUUUUUGAACAAAUGUUUUACCAGACAUAGCGGUAAAACUGGCCUCUUUUACUGACGAUUCCAAAAUAAAUAUAUAUGAUGGGUUUUCUGUGGCAAGAAUAGUAAUAGAGCAGAUGGAGGACUGGGGGACUAUAUUUUUGCCAUAGGAAGCCCAUAUCUUAACUAAGCCGCGAAUAGGUUUUGUAAUAGACAUUAGAGUCGUUUUCAUAUGACCGUGAAAGAAUAGGCAAACUAAUAGUUAGUAGUAGACUCUAAACCAAUGAUUUUCUUUUGUUCUUUAUCAACUAUUACAAACUAAAUGGUCUAUUUUCUUUCACGGUCAUAUGAAAAUCACUCUAGCAUUGUGUGAUUUUAAUGUGCCUAUUAAUGAUAACAACGACUAACAGAUCACCAGGCAUCUAGACUGCGAGGAGUCUAUUUUUACCACUAUUGUGAAUUUUCUCGCUUUCUUGUUGGUUUAGAGCCGGGGGAAAUAGGAGGACAUACCGAUAAAUUACGUCAGCAAAUCACGACCGUUUUUCUUUCAAAUGUUUUUGUAGUAAGAUUUUMAAUUUUUUGUUGUAAAAAACACAACGGCUUGCGAGGCCACAACCAUAUGUUGACGGCUAGAUAACGAAAAUCGUGGUAAAUAAGAGCACGUAUCAUGGAAAACUGGAGGAAUUUCAUUUCACUGUUUCUUUCGUCCCUCACCCCCCACACCCCUUCCCGGGGGAUAUUAGACUAGCUACUAAUCCUCCCUCUGCCAAAUUGACCAAAGCAAACACCAAACAGUGGCCAAGGGAAAUACUCUUUACAAGAAGUGCUCGCAGUCUAGCUUUCGUCGAUCAUAAAAAUUCUAACAAAGGCCUUAGAAGUUUAAAAGACGGAAGCCAAACACCCAGGCGUAUAGAGUUAUAGCUAGUUAUCAAAGUUGUGUAAUUAUAAAAAUAGACAACACUAGGGUUCUUACACCUUACACUCGUGCUUCGUUACGUCAUAUCCUUAUUUGUGGUUUGCAGUCGGUGGUGUCAUCGUGACCAACCUACUACAAUUUGCGAGCAAACGGAAGUAAAAUCUCUAGCUUGGAGCAGGAUAACCAGGUCGGACGUUUCUUGAUUUUUUUAUGCCACGAACUGUUUAUAAAUUGAAACUAUUUGACAAAACAAACACAAGAGUACCAAUAACCGAUUGAAUUGCUUAGCAUAGAAAGGCUUUAAAAUUUGAUAUAUACUAUAUAUGAUAAAAUGAAAUAGAAGAAUUAGCUCGUUGGAACAGUAGUGAAAAGGUACUUCCGGUACAUUAUGAAGUUCGUACUUCCGGCGGAAAUAGGAGCGAGAAGCUCGUGUAUUUUUUAACAUAUUUGCCUCUAAAUAACGGCAACAGUUAAUAACAAUAUAUGAAGUAUCUACCUUUACAAUAUAUUGGGUUUAAAGCUAUUGCGUGUGUAUACAAAUGARCUAUAGCAGCUUAAAGAUAGAUAAUGUAAGAUAUAAUUAAAUUGAAUUUAUGAUCAUAAAUGAUUUGCUCCAAGCGCUUCAGCACUGUUACUGAUAACCAAGUUAUUUGAUGUAAAUAUCCAACUUAUUGUCUAAUAAAAGUACUGGCGAAAAUACA